GUCUUGCUGACUACGUGGCUGAGCUACGUCUUUUUAGCGGACCGGGGUGAUUCAAACGAGGCACACCGGCUUUGUCCAGAAUCCACUUCAUUCAGUCUUGUACUUCAGAUGUUUGAGCAGAUCCUGUCGAAAGUUUGAUAUCAUUAUUAUCCAACAAUGUCUGGGAAAAUCAAGAGCCGAAAUGCUGCAAACGCAGACUCGAUAUCCGGCGGAGUGUCCUGUGAUGAGCGCAUCUUGCGGGAUUGUCACCAACUGUACGCGGAUCCUCAGAGUGGGCUGAUCACAGUGGCAGAAUCUGUUGGUGUGAAGUUACUGGCACCCAGGAAGAAGAUUACUGUGAUGCUGAUGGGAAAUCACUCUGCAGGGAAAAGCUCCUUUAUUAACUGGUAUGUCGAAGAGCACAUCCAGCGCACUGGAGUAGCCAUUGAGACCCAAGGCUUUAGUUUCGUCACAAGUGGUCGCAAGAGAGAAUCUCUCACAGGGAAUGCUACCCUUCAUCUAUAUCCACAUUUCAAGCCUCUGCAAGAGUUUAAAGGUGUUUCAGAGUACUUGAGCACAGAGAUCUGUACAUCACGGCAGAAACGCUUCAGUCUGGUGACAUUUGUGGAUUCACCAGGGUUGGUGGAUGGUGACAUGAAGUAUCCGUUUGAUGUGGAUGAGGUUCUUCUGUGGCUGGGUGAUCUCUGUGACCUGAUUCUGGUUUUCUUUGACCCCAUGGGUCAGGCUCUUUGCAAGCGAACCCUCAACAUUGUGGAGAGCCUGAAUGAGAAACAUGGGGACAGGCUUCGUUUUUACCUGAGUAAAGCUGACGAGGCCGGGGGAGAAUCUGACAGACAAAGAGUAAUGAUGCAGAUUGUCCAGGAGCUCUGCAAGCGACCGGGACUGAAUAAAUGUGGUUUUGACAUGCCCACUAUCUACAUUCCAAACCCCAGUAAGCCCAGUCGCUGUGUUAACCAGAUUGAGGAAGUGUGUCGCACAAUUGAGAAAACAAUCAACCAAACAGUCCAGAAUACACUCAACUCCUUGGAGAAGGACUGUGAACUCAUCAGUGAGGCCAUCACCGACACACUCAGUAAUGACAGGCAGAUCUGCGCUGAGAACCGACGGGCGCGCUGUAAGAGCUGCUUCCUCACUCUGCUGGGCUUCAGCGUCCCACUGGCUCUGAUGGCUUUACUGGUACUGGGAGCGCUGUCCAAGGAAAUCCUGGAGAUUGCUCUGGGUUCCCAAGGCACCGAGGCCCUCUCCCUGUACCUGGCUCCCAUGGUGCGGAUAUUUGACUCCCUCUCUGCGACACAGCAGCUGUACAGCUGUGCUGGACUGAUUGUUCUCUCCUUCCUCUUCCUCAUCUUCGCACGCUUCUUCUUCAGGACUCGAUCAACUCUGUCAGGCAAACAGAGAAGACAACUGCAGGAGAAGCUGGAGUAUGUUCAGGAGGUGGUCAAGUCCAAAAAGAAAAAGCUGUAUGAAGACUACCUACGGCAGAGUGUCAGCGACCAUGACAUGGAGCAGUAAAAAAGCCACCCAACAACACCAGAACAGACAUACACAAAGCACACCCCGCAGUGACGGGACCAAAAUCCAGUCUAGCUUUUCCAAAGUCUCUGUGUUCUUUGUGCAGGUGUAAAGACCCUCCUGGUGCUCUCAAUACUGUAAUCCCUGUUUACCUGUUACAUGAUGUUAACUGAAAAUUCAACCUCACUGCCUGCAGGUCAUGAAGAUCCAAGGGGCUCUUGUUACUGAUUACUAUUUAGUUUUCUGCAUUUAUACAUGUAUCUGUGCCUCUGUUCCACUAAAAGCCUUUAGGCUCGAGACCACUUAAGAUAUUUAAACUAUUGCAAACUAUUUAUAAUAUACAGAACUUGUUCUUUGGUUGAAUGACAAGUAGCACUGGUUUACAUGAGUCACUUUACAUACUUUGACAAAUUUCACCAGCAUUUUAUACAGUAUUCUGGCGUCACAUCAUGAAUGUCUAUGUGUUUGGCAAUAUAUAGAAUAUUCUAUCUACAUAACUCCUGCUAUUGGAGAUAAUUGUGUUGUACAUUUUAUCAGUGACCAACUCAACUUUUUUAUUUCACUUUCCUGCAUUGUGACCAUGUUUUUAAAUACAACUGACUUAAAUAAAAAACUAUGUAAAG